UUACACAUACAUAUUGCCUACACAUAUUUCCUUGAACUCUUUCAGUUUUAUUUUUUGUUUAAUUUAAGCAUCUGGAUUUGUGUUUAGCUUUCAACUAAAUAGUAAACUGGGAAUGUUUGCAGCACAAGAAAAAAAAAAAGAAACAGUGACUGUGAGAGGCUGAGUUGCAAAACAUCUACAUUAUGUAUUAUGCACGGGAAGUGAAUAUUACUGUCUGUAUUACUUUCUAUAUAGAUUUAGAACAGUUCUGCUUAGUAGACAGAAAUUAGAAUCCUUAUCGAGCUGACAGCUAUGUACCUACCGAUCUGCUUGCGGGUGCUGCUGCUAGCUGGUAUUUUGGUAAGACCCUGCAAAAGCUCUUUGAAUACAGCUGUUGAGCUCAAACUUCAUCUCCAGUCUAGUGGGAGAACCAAACUGAAUCCAAGAUUCCUCUCUGUCACCAUUGAUGCAAGUCUUGCUUCAGAGCCAAAAUACAUUGCUUUCCUUGGAUCUCAGAAACUAAUUACUUUAACAAAGGGGUUGUCUCCUGCCUACUUGAGAUUUGGAGGAACAAAAUCAGACUUUCUUUUAUUUGACCCCCAGAAAAAUGUAUCACUGGAGGAAAAGCUUUACUGGGACCAACCAAUAAACCAAGAGGCAAAACUAUGUGAUGAAAGAAACCUCCCUCCUUUUCUGGAAGAUAUGCUGCGCUCUCAGUGGCCUGCGCAAGAGCAGUUAAUACUGAAGGACUCUUUCCAUAACAAGUUUAAAAAUACAACUUUAACAAAGAGUACCAUGGAUCUGCUGUACAGAUUUGCCAAUUGUUCAGGUUUACAUCUGAUUUUUGGUUUAAAUGCUUUGCUGCGCAAGGAACAUGACGAAUGGGACAGCUCAAAUGCAAAGUUACUCAUUGAUUAUUGCACCUCAAGCAAGUAUAACCUUUCUUGGGAACUAGGUAAUGAACCCAACAGCUUCAGGAAAAAGUCUGGAAUUUAUGUUGAUGGCUACCAGCUUGGCAAAGAUUUCUUAAUGUUACAUGAACUUCUCAGCAAUUACAGCCGCUACAGAAACUCAGGGCUUUUUGGUCCUGAUAUUGGGCAGCCUAAAAAACAGUCUCAAAAGAUGUUACAAAGUUUUUUAAAAUCUGGAGGUAAAUUCAUCAAUUCAGUGACUUGGCAUCACUAUUAUGUUAAUGGUCAGACUGCCAGCAAGGAGGAUUUUCUCAGCGCAGAUAUUUUGGACACUCUAAUACCAGAAGUACAAACUGUGUUCCAGAUAGUUGAUAACACAGUGCCUGGGAAGUUAGUAUGGCUGGGAGAAACCAGCUCAGCAUAUGGAGGGGGCUCACCUGGAUUGUCCAAUACCUUUAUUGAUGGUUUCAUGUGGCUAGACAAAUUGGGAGUGUCUGCUAAAUUGGGAAUUGAUGUUGUCAUGAGACAAGCACUUUUUGGAUCUGGAUCAUAUAAUCUUGUGGACUCUGACUUUGAACCCUUACCUGAUUAUUGGCUGUCUCUACUUUAUAAGCAGCUGGUUGGGUCAAUUGUCUUGAAUGUUCACUUUAAUGCUGCGAAAUCUAUUGAUGAAAAUAAACUACGGGUUUACAGUCAUUGUACCAACAUUAACAAUUCAAACUACAAAGCAGGGGAUGUUACACUCCAUGUGCUUAAUGUGCACAAUGUAACCCAGGAGAUGCAGCUGCCAAGCACUUUAUCUGGAAAGUAUGUAGAUGAAUAUCUACUUGAACCCUUUGGGGAUGACCUCCUAUCUAGAUCUGUCCUUCUGAAUGGCCAACUGUUAAAAAUGGUGGAUGACAAGACAUUGCCAACAUUACAUGGAAAGCAGUUGGAACCCGGAUCUUCUCUUGUGCUUCCUGCGUUCCGUUUUGGCUUUUUUGUUAUAAGAAAUGCAGAAGCUCCUGGUUGCUUAUAAGAAUAUAUAUAUUUAUUGCUUUAAUUGCACUUUCCUUAUAUUCUUAAUUCUGACAUCAGAUAUCAUGUGGAAAAACGUUGUUUCAUCAAAUUGACAAAAUACAGCUUUGAAAGAUUGUUUCUUUUAUUGACAGAAGUAUCUUGAAAGUAAUUUAUCACAAUGCAAUAAAAAUAUAAUUUGCAUACAA